AUGAAGAAAGAUAUUCUCCUCUCUCGCUUAACCACGUUCUCAGACAAAUCAGAGUUUUUCGACAUAUGGAAGACAACAUUCAAAAGUGUAAUGUCAGAACUGGGGGUUACCCCACUCGAGGAAAUGGAUCUUCUGGUAAAGUGGCUUGGGCCGGAAUCGUCAAGACAUGCGUUGAGCAUCCGCGCUGCUCACUCGAAUAAUCCACAACGUGGUCUGUACUGCAUUUGGGAGAGACUGGAGGAACGCUACGCGAGUCCUGAAAUGGUGGAAGCUUCUCUCAAGGCUAAACUCGCAGCCUUCCCUAAACUAUCUACCAGGGACAACAAGAAGUUGUAUGACUUGUGUGACAUCGUUACCGAAGUAGAGGCUGUGAAGAACAAUGUCAAGUACCGAAACUUACUCGCCUACUUCGAUUCAUCUUCAGGGGUUAUUCCCAUCGUAAAUAAACUUCCCCACAGUAUACAAGAAAAGUGGACCAAUGAAGCGGUCAAGUUUAAGAGAAGGAGUGGAGUUUCAUACCCGCCAUUCUCAGUAUUCGCCGAUUUCAUGAGGAAUAUCGCGAGGGUGAAGAAUGAUCCAAGCUUCUUGUACGAAAACAAUACUACGAACACAAGUUUCAAGACCAAGAAGGAAGGCGACCUUCAUAAACGCUCUGAUACCUUCGUCUCAUCUAGGAAAACUGGCCUCGACCCAGUGGUGCCUCAGAAAGUAGAUACCCAAUUGUGUCCAGUGCAUAAAACGAACCACACCUUGAACAAAUGUCGUGCGUUCCGGCAGAAGGCAGUAUCGGAACGCAAGGAAUUCCUCUUGGCCAAUGGGCUAUGUUUCAAAUGCUGCGGGCCCACGAGCCAUUUAGCUAAGAACUGCAGGGAAGUAGUCUCAUGUGAUCUAUGUAAGAGCAACCGUCAUGCCACAGCUAUGCAUGUCGACUCUACUCCUUCUAUCUCUAAUCACGGAGGGGAGGGAGAGAAGAAAGGAGACUCGGUUAAUAGUUCAUGCACACAAAUCUGCGGUAAGACUGGCGUCGGUGGGAAAUCGUGUGCCAAAACCCUUCUUCUUAGAGUUUACCCUGAGGGUAAGCCCGAUUCUUCGCUACUGACGUACGCCAUCAUCGACGACCAGAGCAACUGCUCCCUGGCAUCUACUAAGUUCUUUGACUUCUUCAACGAGUCUGGUGAGGAAAUCGAAUACACUCUUUCAUCUUGCUCCGGCUAUACUACUAGCAGUGGCAGAAGAGCUACUGGCUACAUGAUUCAGUCUCUAGACGAAACUACUGAACUAGCGCUUCCCAGACUUAUCGAAUGUAAUCAAAUCCCUAAUAUUCGCGAGGAGAUUCCUACACCCGACAUAGCUAGGAACUACCGUCACCUACAGGACAUAGAGAAAUACAUUCCCCCUGUAGAGCCGGCAGCUGAUAUUACUCUCUUGAUAGGUCGUGACCUAUUGGCCGCUCACUACGUGCUUGACCAACGUGUAGGCCCACAUAACUCUCCAUACGCACAGAAGUUGAACCUCGGUUGGGUCAUCAUAGGGGAAGUGUGCCUAGGGAAGGUGCAUAAGCCGGAAAUCCUCAACGUAAACAAAACACAUGUGCUAAAGGAUGGUCGUACCACUAUCAUGAAGCCGUGCACUAGCGAAUUUAAGCUAUGUGAUACAGACAGCUCGAUUGGAGACUUUGUAUUUCUACAGACCAAACAGGACAAUAAGCCUGGCCCUUCAAUAGAGGAUAGACAGUUCCUCACCAUAAUGGAUGCGGAGGUUGCGAAAGGCCCCACUGGCAAGUGGAUCGCUCCUUUGCCCUUCCGAAAGGAUCGCCCCCGCCUGCCCAAUAAUUGUCCACAAGCCUCACAUCGAGCCAACAUUCUUGAUCGCAACCUUCGGAAAAACCCUACCAAAAUGCAGCAUAUGUUGGAUUUUAUGAAAAAGGUAUUUGACACCGGUCACGCGGAACUCGCACCUACACUAGGGGAAGGAGAAGAACGUUGGUACUUACCCCUCUUUGGGGUGUACAACCCCAAGAAACCCAACCAGAUAAGGGGAGUCUUCGAUUCGUCGGCAAAAUACGAAGGACUUUCACUCAACAACGUGCUGUUGACCGGGCCAGAUCUGACUAAUAGUCUGCUUAGUAUUCUGAUUCGAUUUCGCAGAGGCAACAUAGCCAUCACCGGUGAUAUUGAGCAAAUGUUUCAUUGCUUCAACGUCCGCGAAGAUCAUCGGAAUUUCCUUAGAUUUAUCUGGUAUGAGAAUAACGACCCGUCCCUUCCCAUAACAGAAUACCGAAUGUCCGUGCAAGUCUUUGGAAAUGGCCCUUCGCCAGCUGUGGCCACGUUUGGACUCAGGAAGAGUGUUGAAAAUGCAGACGAGGACAUCAAAUCAUUUGUCACAAAGAACUUUUAUGUAGACGACCGGUUACUGUCGACUUCUUCUGCACAUAAAGCUGUAGACUUAAUGAAAAGGACGCAAACCGCGUUAUGGGAUGGUGGGAGAUUGAGACUCCACAAAAUUGCCUCAAACAGCAAAGUAGUGCUUGCUGAAUUCCCUCCGGAUGACCUCGCUAAGGGAAUAAAGGAUCUGGACUUGAGCAUCGACACGCCACCUACUCAGAGGAGUUUGGGGUUGAGCUGGAAUCUUUCGAUGGACGCCUUCACAUUCCAGAUUACUACAGAACUCAAACCUUUUACUCGCCGGGGCAUACUUUCAACUGUUACCAGUUUAUACGAUUCUAUAGGGUUUAUAGCACCAGUGGCAGUGAGAGUAAAGUUACUACUCAGGGAUUUGAUGUCUACCUCUAGUGAUUGGGACGAUCCCCUACCUGCUGAAAAGGAGGUUGAAUGGUGUGCCUGGAGGGACUCUCUUAAAAGUCUUGAAAGCGUCCAUAUAGAACGCUGUUACUCUGACAUAUUGCCUGAUGAAGUAACUAGGAGAGAGCUUCACGUUUUUUCCGAUGCCUCCAAGGAGGCGAUUGCCGCUGUUUCUUACUUGAAGAUCUUCGACGUGACAGGCAGGAAUCACGUUAGCUUUGUCUUGGGAAAGGCCAAGGUGGCACCGUCUCACGGUCACACUAUUCCUCGCCUUGAACUUUGUGCUGCCGUCCUCGCAGUGGAGCUCGCACAACGGGUCCAGGAACAUCUCGAUUUACCUUUGGACCGAGUAGAAUACUACACUGAUAGUCGUAUCGUGUUAGGAUACGUUAGUAACGAAAGACGACGAUUCUACGUCUACGUUGGAAACAGAGUGGAUCAUAUUAGGCACUUGAGUGAUCCUGAUCAGUGGCAUCAUGUCCCUACAGAUCUCAAUCCGGCGGACCUAGGGACGCGAUCUGUUUCUGCUGGAAAUAUUCAACACAGCAUCUGGCUAAAGGGACCAUCAUUUAUUCGAGAAGAAUUACACGAUCCGGCGGAAUACCCUCUCAUUUCUCAUGACCAGGAUAAAGAAAUUAGACCCGAUGCAACUGUCUGUAAAACCACUGUUUCACCACAAAAUUGUCUGGGGACAAUUCGCUUCGAAAGGUUUUCUUCGUGGAACAAACUAGUGGAAUCGAUCGCACACCUGCAGCAUCUUGCAAGCGCCUUCCAGGAGGCAUCAGGGACGUGCAAAGGCUGGCAUCAGUGUUCAGAGUACAGAUCAGUUGAAGCUCGUCACAAGGCCGAACUACUCAUCCUUAGGGAGGUACAGAAGGAACACUACGGUCAGGAACUCAAAUGCUUGUCAGAGGGAAACUCGCUUCCAAGGAACAGUAAAAUACUGCCAUUACAUCCAAUCUUAGACAAGGACGGAAUACUCCGGGUCGGUGGGAGGUUGAACAAGGCAAAGGAUCGAUUACGAAGAACGACAUCAACCCCAUCAUCAUCCCAAAAUCUCAUGUUUCAUCUCUCCUUGUGA